AAUAGUGCAAUGCGCUAUAAUGCCGUCUCACCAUGGGAAUCACUUUUAUCCCGCAUUUUUCGAGGUCCUCAGCGAUCCAGAUGGGACAUGUGGGACUUAUGCAUGGGGGGCCGGCAUGCUUGCCUUCCUCCAACAUCAUUUGGAGAAGUUAUUUGUGGAGAAUACUUCCGAGAAAACAGAUAUAUUGUGGUUGGCUAAUACUGUGUUUCUUCUUCGUACGAAUCCCGAAGUUGUGGGAUUCUAUAGGCCUCACAUCUGUGAGGGAAGAGAUGGAGGCGGGGCAAUUAGCUCAACACCCAUUCCCAAUGAGGUGGAUACUGGAGAAGCUGGCAGUCUCCACCCUUGGAAAAGAUCAACGGGGGGGUUACCUCAAGAAGAUGGACCCUGUUUUCAAAAAUCUUGAAGAUCAGGAAGUUAUGGACUUUAUCAAAGAAGAAAGUAUGAUUAGCUGCUCAAAAUUAUCUGUGUCUUCUCCUUUUGCUGUGCCACGAAAAGCAUGUACUAAGCCUUUUCACUGCAAAAGACGCCUGGAUUUUGAUGACACAUCUUUUCUCGGAAAAAGAAGCCGAGUUGGUGAUGAAAUGGGGUUUUCUGAAAGUACACAGCAGGAUUCAAAUCUUAAUGCAAGAAUUACUGUCCCUAUUGAUGACUUGGGGAAACAAAAGGAAGAAAUCCCUGAACCACCUCUUGAGAUUGGGUACUUAAAGAAUAAGGAGCAAGAUGAACCAGAGAUACUCCAUAAAUGUUUAACGUUGUUGCAGCCAAAUGUUGGCUCAGCUAGUGAGUAUGUCUCAAGUGAUGACGGAGAAGAAAUAAUGGUGUCUGAGAAAGAAAACAGGAAAGACGCUUUUGUGGUGGGACCACCAACCCCCUCUCCAACAAGGAGAAAGCGUGCGAAGCCUACCAUGAAAAUUCAGAAAAAUAAAAUGGAAGAAGUCUCAGAAUUGUUUGCUCAUUCGCAUUAUUUAACUCGUUCAAUUAUGGAGCAAGUGUUGAUAGCUAUUGAAAAAGAUAAAGAUAAAAUGGUAAGUCGUACACGAAUAGGCCGUGUGCUGAAGUUGCAUAACAAAAGAGUCUCCCCAAACUCGAAAAACCAGCUAUCAUUGAAAAAAACAAAGGAUGCAAAUAAAGUAUGGCAAGCUUUGAUGAAGAAAGCUAUCGCUGAGAGUUGUGACACAGUCUUUGAAAAAGACGGGACCGUCUCAGUGGAAGAUAAUUCAUUAAUCUUCCACAGAAAGGUGAAAUCAUUCAUAUCCAAAGUGGGUACCAUUCAGGGUAAAAGAGAUUAUUCUCCAUGGAAAGGCUCAGUGUUGGACUCAGUUAUUGGUGCUUUAUUGACUCAAAGGGUGGGCGACAACUUUUCAAGUUCUGCUUUUAUGGAACUUGGCGUGAUCUUUUCCCAGGACCGUGAUUGCGUUGCUUAUGGCCGGCAUCAUCAAAUGUUGAGAGAUCAAAGAAUUAAAGGUGGUCGUGUUUGCCAUAAUAAUCAGGAUAAAAAGGGAACAGAAUGAAAUUGAGUGCUGACAAUAAGGAAAGUUUGGAUGAGAAGAAAGUGAAAAACUCGAUAAAAGGAAAAGUUUCAGGGAAGAGGAUGCAAUAUGGCAGUGUGGAUAUAGAACGAACCAUUA